AUGCUUCAUUCGCCUCACAAACAACCACAGAACCACAAGUGCGGUGCAAACUUUCUCCAGGAGGACAGCAAGAAGUCUCUGGUUUUUAAAUGGUUAAUCUCCGCAGGUCACUACCAGCCACCGAGACCAACAGAGUCAUUUAAGGCUGCAAGCAGAAUUUACAACAGAGGGUACAAGUUCUAUCUGAAAAUAAAAGGAGGGACUAUGGCAUCAAACAGCCUCUUCAGCACAGUGACACCAUGUCAGCAAAACUUCUUUUGGGAUCCGAGCACCAGCCGGCGCUUCAGCCCCCCCUCCAGCAGCCUGCAGCCCGGCAAGAUGAGCGACGUGAGCCCGGUGGUGGCUGCGCAACAGCAGCAGCAGCAGCAGCAGCAACAGCAGCAGCAGCAACAGCAGCAGCAGCAGCAGCAGCAGCAGGAGGCGGCGGCGGCGGCAGCGGCGGCGGCGGCGGCGGCGGCCGCGGUGCCCCGGUUGCGGCCGCCGCACGACAACCGCACCAUGGUGGAGAUCAUCGCUGACCACCCGGCUGAACUCGUCCGCACCGACAGCCCCAACUUCCUGUGCUCCGUGCUGCCCUCGCACUGGCGUUGCAACAAGACCCUGCCCGUGGCCUUCAAGGUGGUAGCCCUCGGAGAGGUACCAGAUGGGACUGUGGUUACCGUCAUGGCGGGUAAUGAUGAAAAUUAUUCUGCUGAGCUCCGAAAUGCCUCUGCUGUUAUGAAAAACCAAGUAGCAAGGUUCAACGAUCUGAGAUUUGUGGGCCGGAGUGGACGAGGCAAGAGUUUCACCUUGACCAUAACUGUCUUCACAAAUCCUCCUCAAGUCGCCACCUACCACAGAGCUAUUAAAGUUACAGUGGAUGGACCCCGGGAACCCAGAAGGCACAGACAGAAGCUUGAUGACUCUAAACCUAGUUUGUUCUCUGACCGCCUCAGUGAUUUAGGGCGCAUUCCUCAUCCCAGUAUGAGAGUAGGUGUCCCGCCUCAGAACCCACGGCCCUCCCUGAACUCUGCACCAAGUCCUUUUAAUCCACAAGGACAGAGUCAGAUUACAGAUCCCAGGCAGACGCAGUCUUCCCCGCCGUGGUCCUACGACCAGUCCUACCCCUCGUACCUGAGCCAGAUGACGCCCCCGUCCAUUCACUCCACCACCCCGCUGUCCUCCACCCGGGGCACCGGGCUGCCUGCCAUCACCGACGUGCCCAGGCGCAUUUCAGAUGAUGACACUGCCACCUCUGACUUCUGCCUCUGGCCUUCCACUCUCAGUAAGAAGAGCCAGGCAGGUGCUUCAGAACUGGGCCCUUUUUCAGACCCCAGGCAGUUCUCAAGCAUUUCAUCCCUCACUGAGAGCCGCUUCUCCAACCCACGAAUGCACUAUCCAGCCACCUUUACUUAUACCCCGCCAGUCACCUCAGGCAUGUCCCUCGGUAUGUCCGCCACCACUCACUACCACACCUACCUGCCACCACCCUACCCCGGCUCCUCCCAAAGCCAGAGUGGACCCUUCCAGACCAGCAGCACUCCAUAUCUCUACUACGGCACCUCGUCAGGAUCCUAUCAGUUCCCCAUGGUGCCCGGGGGAGACCGGUCUCCUUCCAGAAUGCUACCGCCGUGCACCACCACCUCCAACGGCAGCGCGCUCUUAAACGCAAACCUGCCUAACCAGAACGAUGGCGUUGACGCCGACGGAAGCCACAGCAGUUCCCCCACCGUUUUGAAUUCUAGUGGCAGAAUGGAUGAAUCUGUUUGGCGACCCUAUUGAAACUUCCUCAGCAGUGGCCCAGCGGUCUCUGGGAGCCACAUCCCAAACGUACCAACAUAUACAUAUAUAGAGAGUGCGUAU